AUGAUAAUGCGCCUUUCCAAAGCCCUGAUAGACAUGGAGAUGGCAGAUUAUAGCGCAGCUCUUGACCCAGCAUACACCACCCUGGAGUUUGAGAACAUGCAAGUCCUGGCCAUAGGCAACGACACAACCCCGUCGGAAGCUGCCAACCUCCAUGCCUCCAACAGCAUCGGGGCCAGUGUGUUGUGUGCCAUCUGUGGAGAUCGCGCUACAGGGAAACACUAUGGAGCUUCCAGCUGUGAUGGAUGCAAAGGUUUUUUCAGGAGAAGCGUCAGGAAGAACCACAUGUACUCCUGCAGGUUUAACAGACAGUGUGUUGUAGACAAGGACAAAAGGAACCAGUGUCGAUAUUGCAGGCUAAAGAAAUGUUUUCGAGCGGGAAUGAAGAAGGAAGCUGUGCAGAACGAACGAGAUCGAAUCAGCACGCGGAGAUCCAGCUAUGAAGACAGCAGCUUACCUUCCAUUAAUGUUUUACUGCAAGCAGAAGUACUUUCACAGCAGAUAUCAUCACCAAUUUCAGUGAUAAGUGGAGAUAUCAGAGGGAAAAAGAUUGCAAAUAUUGCAGACGUGUGUGAGUCUAUGAAGCAGCAGCUGUUAGUGCUAGUGGAGUGGGCCAAGUACAUCCCAGCAUUCUGUGAGCUUCCUUUGGAUGACCAGGUGGCUUUGCUACGGGCCCAUGCAGGAGAACACCUGUUACUGGGAGCUGCCAAACGGUCGAUGGUGUUCAAAGACAUCCUACUGCUAGGAAAUGACCACAUAAUCCCACGUAACUGCCCAGAGCUCCUAGAAAUCAGUCGUGUGGCUGUACGGAUCCUGGACGAGCUCGUGUUGACGUUCCAGGAGUUGCAGAUUGAUGAUAAUGAAUAUGCUUGUUUGAAAGCCAUCAUCUUCUUUGAUCCAGAUGCUAAAGGCCUGAGUGACCCCAUCAAGAUAAAACGAAUGCGGUAUCAAGUUCAGGUCAGCCUGGAGGACUACAUCAACGACCGGCAAUAUGAUUCUCGGGGACGCUUUGGGGAGCUCCUCCUGCUGCUGCCCACCCUCCAGAGCAUCACCUGGCAGAUGAUUGAACAGAUCCAGUUCGUCAAGCUCUUUGGCAUGGCCAAGAUUGACAACCUGCUGCAGGAGAUGCUGCUGGGAGGAUCGUCGAGCGAAGCACCUCAUGCUCACCACCACGCUCUGCACCCUCACCUUAUCCAGGAGAAUCUGGGGACAAACGUCAUAGUGGCCAACACAAUGCCAGCUCAGAUCCACAACGGGCAGCUGUCCACUCCAGAAACUCCUCAGCCUUCCCCACCUGCUGGCUCAGGAGCUGAACAAUACAAACUACUUCCAGGAGCCAUUGCAACUGUAGCCAAACAACCCAGCUCAGUCCCUCAACCUGCCAUCACAAAGCAGGAGGUCAUCUAGCAUCUGAACAUGCCUGGUGUCAUGAAGACCAUGUUGCGAGAGAAAAGUUCUCGCUCUCAUCUUGAACAUGCUGGAGGUGGAAUGUUCAUCGAGAUAUCCCAGGGUACAGAUGCACCAAUUUUCUCUUUGGAAACUGCAUGAAAAAAGCCACCUCCACAUGUUGGCUGUGGAGACAUCUGCACCCAAGCACUGCAGAACUUAUGGACUAGCCUCCAUGGUGGCCUUAUCCUCCUUCUGUAGCACCAGGUCCCACCCUUCAGAUCUGCUGGUGCCUUUUACAGAAAUGCACUGACUGCCUGUUUCUUCACUGCCACUGAGUUACUUGUUAUUUUUAUUUUUACUGGUUUUUAAAAGGCAUCUGAAUGUGGGGUGGUGGGGGGACACUCCUUGGCUGGAGCAUCUCUAAAUAGCUCCAAGUCCUCCUGUGACAUUCUGGAGUUAACACAUUCUCAGACGGGCAUGGCUUCUAUGAAAGAAGAUGCAGAGUUUGAACUGGCUGCUGCCAGAGCUUCUGUAAUGCAACCUCUUUACUGCUUCCUGCAUAGCUCCACUGCCUUGGCGUGAUACCAGAAGCAUAGACCAGGCCUACAUGCUUCCACUGA